AGGUCCGUCGUAUACGGUAUAUACGGUAUGUCUGGUUCUUUUCCAAAGACAAAUGAGGGAAUGGUUAGUCCAGCGACGGAGACUAAUCGGUGUGCAGAAAAAGAAUGGUCUCUUCAAAUAGGGGAACCAACAGAGUUGAUUAAUGUUCAAAAAUUCCUGGAUUCUUUUAGUUUGGAGCUUGGACGCGAAGAGGAGAGCAUAUGCGAUUCUAGAUUGUCUGAAAAACUUAGCAAGAAACAGCUUAAAGAAAUCAGAGAAAAAUGCAGACCUGAGCCGUCAGCAAUGGAAAUUAAAUAUCUGGAAAUGGCCAAGGAGUCGGAUAGUUCUCCUCUGGCAAGUUUAAGAGAUAUCAAUAGAUCCAAAAGUUCUCAUAUUAAGCGUGAAGAUUUGAAUUAUUUGUCUUCCGUAAAAUUCUCUAAACCGAACAAGCCAAAUGAACCUCAAGACUUUGAAAAUAAACCUGAAGUCAUCCUGUCGGUUGCGUUUUACAAUCAGAGUAAAAAUUCCACGCGCACGCAAGAAUUUUUGGUUUUGGGAAGUCAACCAUUAACUGCUCUUAGAGAUGCAUUCUAUUGUCUUCGAGAUUUUUAUAAACUUGAACCAUGGGAACAACCGAAACCUACUACUAUAUUAAAUGAAACAAACCAAAAAAUGUCUCCAAGUUACUUUUUUAUCGAAAAUGUAUUUUAUAAUGAUUUCAGAGACCCGAGGGCUGUUGAUUAUAGCAGAAACAUCAUAGAGUGGGCUAAAGAAAAAAAUAGAUAUAGACAACCUGGACUUGGUCUUUACCGUAGCAAAAUAAUGGAAGAUGUGAUGUUCAAUGAAUUAUCAAUAAAACUAAACCAACCGUAUUUGUUUGUACAUCAGGGGAAUUGUCAACACGCUGUAGUUUUUAGGGACUUGAGGUUAAAGCAAGCGUAUGACGAUCCAGACCCUGCUGUUUACCCAAAAGCUAUAUUCAGAGGCAAAAUAGGUCGACAUAAAUGCCGCAUGUGCAUGCAACGACCUGCUAUUCUUGUGACUGUUAACGAUUUUUUAUCCGGCGAAUCGCCAGCUUAUUUUUGUGAUCCUUGUUAUUACCAAUUUCAUUAUAAUGAAGAUAAAGAUUUAUUAUACGACAAUUUUCAG